CCAGGGUAGCGGUUAUUCGUGAAUGCUAUUUGUUGUUUCAUUGGUUUACAUUUCCUUUGCUCUUUUGUCAGCUAGUUGCUCUCUGAUGCCAGCUCUAAUUCCGACUACUACAUUCGGAAAAAAUUUGUGCUUAGUUCGCUAGAAAUAACCCACUUGGCACUUUUGUUGGCUGAAAAUCUAAUGAUAUUUGAGAUUUUGAUGCCAGUUUCAAAGCACCAGAUGGACUUGGACAAAAUAGAGCAGUAAUGGCAGAGGGCUGCAGGAUGAACGAAAGGAACAUUGUGUGAUAAGUUUGUCAUUGAAAGGGAUCAAGCUUAGGAUUAUGAGGUUUAACUGGUAUUUGGAAAGUGGCAAUGCAAAAAUUGCCAAACUUUCUUUGUGGUUUGCCUAAAGGAGAACUAUAUAAGACCACGAGGUUAAAGCGGAUAUGGUUGUUGGAUGAACCUGAAUGGAUGGAUGUCUACAAGCCUUACAGGUGGUUGAGCUACUUGCAAACAAUGAUUUCUCUUGACAAUAUGUUCUUCACGUUUCUUAUGGAGAAGCUCCCUUAAUUUUAGUUGAUAUUGUGUACUAACUAAACUUAGCACUGGCUUUCGGCCCAGCUUGGAG